AUGUCCUUCCGCGAGGCCUACGAGCCGCCUCUGCGCCAGCCUACCGUUCAGGAAGAGGCUAACAACGGCAACAAAACCCCCACCACCCCCUCCAUCCACAACGACAAUAGUACUGCCGCCUUCAGCAACGGCAGCGACGACAACGGCGAGGCCCUUGGAGACGCCGAUGUCAUCCUACAGUCCCCGGCCCGGCGCACCAACAUCGUCAGCGCCGCGACAGCCAGCCGCAGCCUGAACCAGCCGCAGCGGAUCUGGUCCAAGACGCCGCAAACCGCCAUGCGGGCGGACUAUGCCACGGCGGACAAGAAGGUCCCUUACCUGUGCGCGGCGUGCGGCGUCGUCACGAGGUUCACGGCCAACGACAUGCUGCGGUGCGUGAACUGCGGCGGAUGGACCAUGCAUAAGCCGCGGGUUAAGCAGAUCUCGCAGUAUCCAGCGAAUUAG